AUGGAUAAUAAUAAUAAUAAUACUGAUACUAAUAAUCAAACUCAUAAGGACACCACUUCCUCCAAUGUUUUCAAAUUCCCCGGGCACGAAUACAGUAUGUCAUUAAUCAAAACAGUGUUUUCAAACGUAAUAAAGACAUCAAACAACAUUCCACAACAUAUUGGAUUUAUCAUGGAUGGUAACAGGAGAUUUGCAAGGAAGUCAGGUAUCUCGAUUAGUGAAGGUCAUGAGGCUGGAUUCCACAGUAUGAGUCAGAUCCUAGAAUUAUGUUAUUCAUCCGGUGUUAAGGUAGCCACCGUUUACGCAUUCUCAAUUGAGAAUUUCAAAAGAACUUCCAAGGAGGUUAACAAUCUAAUGAAAUUGGCACACGAGGGUAUAACACAGUUAUGUGCAAACGGGCAACUGGCUAAUAAAUAUGGAGUACGUAUCCGUGUCAUUGGUGAUUUAUCACUCUUGAAUACAAGUUUACUAAAAAAUAUUGAAAUGACAACAAAGAUGACACAAAAUAAUAAAAGAGCAACGUUGAAUAUAUGUUUUCCAUACACAAGUCGUGAAGAGAUGUUCCAUUCGAUGAAAGAGGCUAUUGAAUUAACAAGCAUAAAUGAGGAAAAAGGAAUCGAUGCUAUAAAAGAUAUAGAUGAAUCAGUAAUUGAAUCACAUUUGUACACAGGAAAAUUACCACCUUUGGAUCUGUUGAUUAGAACAAGUGGUGUUUGUAGAUUAAGUGAUUUUAUGAUAUGGCAAGUUGUUAACCCAAGAACUCAUAUAGAAUUAAUCGAUUGUUUGUGGCCAGAAUUUGGUCCAAUGAAGAUGGCAUGGAUCUUACUAAAAUAUUCAUUUAAUAAAUAUUUUACAUCUAUUGAAAAUGAAGAUGAAGAUACAAUAAUAAAUAAUAAUUGUACCACUACAACCACAACCAACCGUAAUACUACUGCUAAUGAUAAUAUAUCGUCAGUGGACUCAUUUUUAACAAAAAGGAAAAGAAGAGAUAGAGAUCAAAAUAUCAGUCAUCCAUCUCAAGUAAUAAGAAAGGAGAAACUUCAAUGA